AUGACGCUAGGUGGUCAAAAAUUACUCACAUCGAUUGACAUUUCGUAUGCUGAUACGUUCAUCCAUUAUAAUUAUGAUUUCUGUGCAAUUCUUGAAAACUAUGGUUUUGACAACGAUGAAUUCCAAGAAUGUUUGACACUCAACCUAUAUGAUCCAGAUGAAUCCAAGACUUUCACACCAAAUACAGUACUUUCACCGUGGCGAGAUGUUUCAGAUUCUUUAGACAUCACUCAAUGGGGGUCUGAUAUAUUCAAUAUCAAUGGUAAAAAAGUUAAUGCUACGUUUGCCUUGGCUAACAUCACUAUGAUUGAGGUGAAUACCUUGGCUUUAGGAUUUCCAAAAAGUGAAAUCACUAAUUUGACUCCUGAGUACAACAUUAAUCCUUCAGGUGUAGUAUAUGAUAAUUUUCUCCAAUCUUUAAAAAAUCAAGGAAUCAUCUCUAGAUUAGGAUAUUCUGUUGUGUUUAAUGGCGACAAGAAGACUGGAAGAGUUAUUUUAGGUGGUGUGGAUAAUAAGAGAUAUAAAAAUAUGGUCACAGUACCAUUAAAUGAUACCACAGAAACCACCACUCAAGUUAUGGUAGAUUUUCUCUCAGUGGAUUUCAACGAUACUUCGGCUGAAAUCACUGAUGAUCCCUUGGUUUUGCAAAUAUCCAAUAACUAUGAUGGAUUGUUUUUACCGUCAGCUGCAUAUCGUAAAUUUUUCGAUAAUUUAGAUGUAAGGGAAGUUCAAGGUCAAUAUGCUAUCGACAAAUCAAUACUUGAAGAAUCUGACUUGAGUUUGAAUCUUGAAAUUGGUGAUUUGACUAUCGAAAUACCGUGGGAAGAUUUCACAAUAGAACAGGAUCAUGUUCUGUUUGUGAAUUCUAGCGGUGAUCUAAUCAUAGAUAAUUCAACUGAUACUUCAUCCAAUUCAUCAACAGUUUUAUUCUCGGUUUACAUUUCAGGUGAGGAUACUAUGUAUAUUGGAGAUUCCUUCUUAAGAAAUGCUUACGUAUUCAUUGAUAUGGAGGACAAAACAGUUUCAUUGGGGAAUCUUGUUUCAACAAAUAGUUCAGAUGUUCAAUCAGUCGAUGCGAUGCCAAUAACUCAACCAUCAGACUCCUCACCUACUGAAUCUCAAGAAGAUGGUAAUGAUUCUGCUGGAUCAAAAAUUUAUGUACAUUGGGUAAUGCUUUUAAGUAUAUUCUUACUAUUUACAGAUUUUAUAUGA